ACCUAUUGUCCUAGUGCCAGCUUCAUUAAUCCAAGAUGGGUGACUAGACCAAGCACUUUUUUGGUGCAUUUUGGGCUAUAAAAUGCCAUCAGAAGUAGGGGUGUUUGUCACACUGAUUGAGAGAAAAAUAAUGGAGGCUUACACUAAGGUUGUUUGCAUUCUUGGACUUUUAAUUUUUGUAAGCAUUUCAGAUAUUCAUAGAGUGGAGGGUGCAGGGGAAUGUGGGAGGUCUACUACUCCAGAUAAUGAAGCAAUAAAGCUUAUUCCUUGUGUCUCUGCCGCAAAAGAUGAAAAUGUUAAAGUUACUAAGAAUUGCUGUGCUCAGAUCGAGAAACUUGGCAAGAACCCUAGUUGUCUAUGUGCUGUUAUGCUCUCCAACACAGCAAAAAUGUCUGGAGCCGAUCCUAAGGUUGCCAUAACCAUCCCAAAACGCUGCAACCUUGCUAAUCGCCCUGUUGGUUACAAGUGUGGACCUUACACUCUUCCUUAAGAUAGUACUGAGGACAAGGAGGGAUUUGGGCGUGAAGGCACAAAAGCUGUUGGCUACAACUGUGACUACAAAACUAUGUUUUAUUGUCCUUGAAACAAUUUGAUCAAUAAUGGCAAGUAGCUAUAUGGUGUUCUUCCUGAAUAAAACUAGAAAUUUUAAUGUUUAAUGUUUCUAUUCCUAUUUAAUAUAUUAACAUCUACCUUUUCUCUGUUU